AUGGAGCUGAUGGAAGGUCAACAGGGAGAGGCUGCACCUGCCCAGGCAGUACCAUCCCUGGUUUCAUCUCUUCCAGCCAGGUCUCCUCCUACAGUUCCUCGCCACCCUCCUCAAUAUUCUCCGCAACCAACGCCGACCAGUGCUGCCGAGCAAGAAAAGCGCAGAGAACAGAAGGGUAAGGAGCAUCUGGAAGAGACUCAGAAGCUAAGGGAGAAAGCUGAAAAGCUCAAAGAACAAGCCGAGAAAGCGAAAAUCAAGUCCGAACAGGCGAUGAAUGAAGCCGAGCAGAGGGGCUAUGAACUUGGGAUAGCUGAAACUGAGAAGGCCCUCAGAGCCGAAGUUCCGGAGGUGUGCCGCAUCUUCUGCGCGAGAACCUGGAGUGAGGCUCUAGACCGUGCUGGGGUCGAAGCUUCAUCGGAACUACGUAAGCCAGAGAACGUAUAUUACCCCGAAGCGAUACGCUCUUCAGCGCCUCAAUCGUACCAGGCUGAUACCCCUUCCCCAGCUAUUAACCCUAACGAGGAGGCUCUGCCUCGCAAUUCCCCUCCAGGAGCUUCCCCCAACAAACCCACCACUGCUUCAAAGGCAGAGACGGUCUCACAAGGUUUUCAACAAGAAUUGGACUCCACAGUUCAAUCAACUGGGGACAUUACCAAAAAGUAA